AUCGAUCAUUGAAAACGUACGAGUGUUGGUUUACCUGCGCGAGCCUCAUCCAUCUAAGAUCAAAUUGCAAGACUGAGCAUGAAGGAAAGAAACAGGUCGCCUGCAGUCAUCAAGUGAGCAGGAGUUUGAGGAUGGAAUUCUCCUUGAAUCGCAAAUGCACGAUAAGGAUUCAACAGCUCACAAUUCCUCCAUCUAACGUCACAUGUUAGGGAAAGCAACACUUCAUCGGAUUCGAGAAGAAGGAGCUGACACAUAUGUUAUGUUGUAAGUCGUACAUGGGAAUGAGUGGCUGGAUACGAACUUAGAGUUUGAAAUAAAUGUGAUGCGGUCCAAGGAACGUUUCAGAACCUGCUGUUCCUAGCGUUGGUACACGUGGGUGUUCACGAGGCCUACUUGUCCCAGCCUCAGCCGUUACUUCAAUGUUCGUCGGUAGAAGGGCUAUAUAGUUCCAGGAAGAGGGUUCGCAUGAGAUCAUUCCUGCGAUCUUCAUCGAGGGCAUUGACUCUGUUUCAUAAUUACAGGUCGCUCAUGAUGGGCUCUACAGCCUGCGGAAACGUUUCGCCUGGCACUGAAGGACGGGGACGGAAUUGCAAUGUGAACGAUCAGGAACAGGCGCCAGAUUCGACAGUUGGGGUCACGGAUAUUGCUCUUCACUACCAGCGACAAAGUUUCGUGACGAGUGCGCCGGAGCCAUUUGGAGUGAUGAGUGUUUAUGACACGAUUUUUUUGAAGACCCUUAGAAUCGUGAACGAACAAGGUGCUACGCUUGUAAGCCGAGUCUUGGAGCGAACCUUUUGGGCUACAAAUGAAAUUGAGCACUUGAUUUUGAUGAGAACCAGUGCUGAUGGACUGUUCAAACAAGGAGUCAAGGAAAAAUUUUCCAUUAUGAAAUUAUGGGACUUUGUUGCAGGCCAAUUGCCCGGUGAGGGGCAAGCAAGAAAGGACGGCAAGCAGUGUCAAUGGAUGUGGAAUAUGCUGAUGAAAGAGUACACCGAUGUGCUGACCGGGGCUAAGGAAAAGAAAGAUUUUCCGCAUUUUGAGGAGAUGGACCAGGUCUGGAAAUGUACGUCCUCAGCGGAUGUGGAAAGAGAUCUCACAUGUAGUCCCAAGUGAUGAUUUGACGUGGCAGUAAAUUCUCGAUGUGUGAAGUAGAGAUUGCUAUGUACAUAAAUAGUUCUUUCAAUUUGACUUUCAGGAAUCGUGAGCAGUACAUACCUGUUUGUCAUUUUCUUUCAAGGUGUGAAGUGAUGUGAAGCGCCGGAAAUAAAUCAGGAGAGUGGACUCAGAGAGCCAAUGCGUAUACUAAGC